GUUUAUAUUUACUUUAACUACUGGCACUAGCGCACGUGCGUCGCGUACUCCUAAUUCCUUGCUUGUUUACUUAUUUACUCUAUUCGUUUAUGUUAACUACUGUCGUUACGUAUGAGACACAUAUGAGACUACAAUGAAAUAUUAAUUGACUUUGUUAUCACAAGAGCAUUUAUUUUAAUUACAAAGUGUGCACAUAUGACUAAUGCCAACAGAGCAUGUUUGAGAUUUUUCCUUAAGAAUAACUAUUGCAAUCUUUGUGGCACUUAUGCAUAAGCACACUGAUAUAACACAUUUGACAUCUACUCCAAAAAAACCAAAGUCAAGUCCGAAUUCCACCAACUGGGGUGAUGAAGAUGCUGCUAGUGAAAAGGUCACCAUUACGUCCAAGGGAAGUAAAAACCAAAAGAAGAAAAAGAACCAUAGGAGAAGCAUUUCUGGAUCGGAUAGUGUUCUGAAUCAUUCAGCGGGUGAGACGAAAGUGGCCAGCGAUGUGCUGCACGAACAGAGAACUAUUAAACUCGACACAGACACUGAGGUGACGGAUAAAGUCGGAGUUACAAGCCACAGCGACAGUGACUGGAAUGGCGAAACUACAGGAAAAGAUGGAACAGUCGGUCCCCCCAACAUUGAAGAAUUGGACCGGAUUAUUGAUGAGGGGUGUGAUGAGCUAGAGCUCACAACUGAUAAAGAGUCAGUCAAGAAAUUAGAUAUAUUCCUGCCGUUUGAGGUGCCGUUGUCACACACUAUCGAGAAACAUAUCACCCAUGGCAUCAGCGAACAUGAGCACAAGAAGCUGAAAGAGUUGAACGUCAGGUUCAAAACGGGCCGUUUCAACCCAGACGAGGAUGACGUGUUGAGAGCCAACUGGGAGCACUUCUGCAGGAUGUACGGCAUCAGCAACCCAGGACCCUUCCUGCCGGGAGUCCAGAAUGGCUUGGAUCCCAUCCAGAGGAAGAAGUUUGUCCAGUGGCUGGGGCACGGCCUGGAGAACAGAUCGCUGAACAGCAUACUCAGCAGGUUUAGACUGCUGUACUCCAACACCUCAAACGCAAGGAGGUUUACUGAGUUUGAGAACCAACUUAUCCAACGGUGUCUGGAAAGAAAUGUGGAGAUGCCGUUUGUACUUUUGUCGAAAAUAUUGAAAAGAGAUAGGUAUUACAUAAGCAAACACCAUAGACUGACUAAAAAAGUUCCUUACGCAGCUACAGAAAAAGUGAACUGGAAUCUGAGCGUGGUGAAGCUGUUCAUUGAAGCUUUGUUGAAAUCAACCGGCUGCAGCGACGUGGAAGAGCUUCGCGACAGGCCCCUCCCACCACACGUGUGGGAUAACAUCAGCGAGGCCAUCGAGAUCGCAGCAUCUCGGUGCCGGGCCUUCUGGAACAGGAAGCUUUCCACUCAGCUGUUCGCAGAGGAGCCCUUGUUCAUGCAUCAUAUAUGGACCACUUUAUUGCUGAGAUUUUUGGAACGCCCCAAAAAAUAUGUCUACUGGCAGAAUAUCAAUUGGUCCAAGAUCGCGAAGCAUUACAAGGGCGUCGGGCCAAUUUUCCUUUUUGCAACAUUCAAGUCUUUUAUUAGAUCACAAGUACCAAAAAAGAAGCAGAGGUCUUUAAAAGCUUGCUUGAAAUAUCUCAAGAAACAUUGGCCUGAGAAACUGAGAGCUAUUAAAUUUAAAAUAAGUCUCACCAGGUUAAGAUACAUCAAUGGACAGCUCAUUAUUUUGUCAGACAGAUGAAAUAGAACUUUUAACUGGAAGGCUAAGUGAAAACAAACAGCCAGUGAAAGUAUGUAACAAGUUCAUUAUGUUCAUUAAGUUCGUUAUGUCUAAUAAUAUUGUAUUGACAGUUUAAAUUGUUUUUAUUAAUUGUUUAUAUUUCAUUAAUCCUGUUUUAAGGAAUGAAGUAACAGAAAUAAAGGCUUGUGAUAUUUCUAGUGAAAA